UGGUCCGUUUUGCAUAAUCAGAAGGGGACGAAAUUAACAGUUAACACUGUGGCAAUCUACAUACUGACUACAGUACCUCUUUAGCCUCUUUUUCAUACAGUAUAUAAAUGGCGUCUCUCGCCUUCACUUCUCACUCGUUAGUCUACCCAUCUUCUUCUUCAUCAAUCUUCUCUCAAAUUCUGCCAUCAAAAGAUGUCCGUGAAAGCUCUGACACUCAAGGUUGAGAUCCCUGGCACUGGCGAGCCAAUUACCCUUGAGGUUGAAAGCUUCGACAUGGUUGACACUGUCAAGGCUAAGAUUCACGCCAAGCAGGGUUUUUCCGCAGACAACCAGAUGCUGUUUUUUGCUGGCAAACAGCUUGAAGAUGGGCGGACCCUUGCCGAUUACGAUAUUCAAAAGGAGUCUAUCCCUCAUUUGGAGCUCAAGAUGCCGAUCUUCGUGAAAGGUCUGACAGUCGAGGUUGAGAGCUUUGACAUUGGUAAGCCAAUUACCCUUGAGGUUGAAAGCUUUGACACUGUUGACACUGUCAAGGCUAAGAUUCACGCCAAGCAGGGUUUUUCCGCAGACAAGCAGAGGCCGUUUUUAGCUCGCAAACAGCUUGAAGAUGGGCGGACCCUUGCCGAUUACAAUAUUCAAAAGAAGUCUAUCCCUGAUUUGGUGCUCAAGGUUGGUGGCGGAAUGAAAAUUUUCGUGAAAACUGCUACUGGAAAGACCUUAACUCUGGAGGUGGAGAGUUCUGAUACCAUCCAGAACGUGAAGGCAAAAGUUCUGUCUAUGGAGGGAAUCACACCGGAAGAGCAAAGCUUGGUUUUUGCUGGUGGGCCGCUUGAGGAUGGUCGCACUCUUGCAUACUAUAACAUUCUUCACGAGUCCACUCUUGACUGGGUGUUCUCUACUCGCGGUGGAUUACAGUUUUUUGUUGAGAGCUUUGACACUGGUAAGCCAAUCAGCCUUGAGGUUGAAAGCUCUGACACUAUUGACAAUGUCAAGGCUAAGAUUCAAGACAAGGAAGGUAUUCCCCCAGACCAGCAGAGGCUGUUUUUGGCUGGCAAACGGCUGGAAGAUGGGCUGACCAUUGCCGAUUACGAUGUUCAAAAGGAGUCCAGCCGUCAUCUGGUGCUCAGGCUUGGUGAUGGAAUGCAAAUUUUCGUGAAAACUCCUACUGGAAAGCCCAUAGCUCUGGAGGUGGAGAGUUCUGAUACCAUCGACAAUGUCAAGGCAAAAAUUCAAGAUAAGAAAGGGAUCCCACUGGCUGACCAGAGGCUGAUUUUUGCUGGUAAACAGCUUGAGGAUGGCCGGACUCUUGCAGAUUAUUACAUCCAGGAGGAGUCAACCCUUCACUUGGUGAUGAGGUGGAGGGGAAGAAUGGAAAUAUCUGUGGAAACUUUGAGAGGGAACACCUUAACUCUGGAGGUGGAGAGUUCUGAUACCAUCGAGAACGUGAAGGCAAAAGUUCUGUCUAGGGAAGGAAUCCCACCGAACGAGCAAAGGUUGGUUUUUGCUGGUACGCAUCUUGAGGAUGGUCGCACUCUUGAAGACUAUGAAAUUCCUCACAAGUCGACUCUUCACUUGGUGUUCUCUACUCGCGGUGCUUAGGAGGCUAACAUUCACGUGGUGGCUUCUAAACACGACAAUACGCUGAUUGUCUUGAUUUUGGGAAUUCUGUUUGCUUUGCUCGUGUGUCUUUGCCAUCAUGUUUAAGACAGUCUUGGUUUCAAGACUCUCUUGAAUUGGGCUGUUUGUAGUUCUUGUUUUUUUGGGAUUGGCUUUCCUCGUGUGCAGAGAGAACUUAGGAGGAAUAAACCCAGUCUUGUUUUAAGACUGUUUUGAUUAAGAAUAAACUAGUCUUGUUUAAGAAUGAAUAAACCUAGCCUUGAAUUGGGCUGUUUGUA